UUAAUUCUCACGAUCACCCUGUAGAAUUGGCCAAAAGCCAAUUAUAAAACCUCCCAAAAUUCAAUAAAAUAAAACCACAUUCUUCUUUGCAAUUGUAUUCUCUUGCAGCCCUUUUUGUGUCAAUGGAGCCUUCAGAUAUUUCAUAUGAUUCUGAUCUUGUUUCUAGCACAAAUCACACUGAUAUUGAGCCACUUGAUCUUUUUCCAGGCUCAAUGCGAAGUUCACUUGAGCCCAUGCCAUUGCUGAGCUGCUUUCUUGGCUCUACCGAGACGACAAUGGAUGAAAACCCUAAAGCAUGCAGUGCAGAUGAAGAGGAUGUCAACGUGGCCUUGCAAAUUGCUCUGCCUGAUCCUUCCAGUAGCUCCAUGAUCAAUCCAAACAGCAAGGAACAUGCAAAUGGAGCAGCUAAACAGUAUUGGAUCCCAACACCUGAACAAAUCCUCAUUGGCUUCACACAUUUUUCUUGCCAUGUUUGCUUUAAAACCUUCAAUCGUUACAAUAACCUUCAGAUGCACAUGUGGGGACAUGGUUCACAGUAUCGUAAAGGACCUGAGUCCCUGAAAGGAACCCAACCGCGAGCCAUGCUAGGUAUUCCAUGCUACUGCUGUGCCGAAGGAUGCAAAAACAACAUAGAACACCCCAGAUCAAAGCCACUAAAAGAUUUUAGGACAUUGCAAACACAUUAUAAGAGGAAACAUGGGCUGAAACCCUUCAUGUGCCGCAAGUGUGGGAAGCUCUUGGCAGUGAAAGGUGACUGGAGAACUCAUGAGAAAAACUGUGGCAAGCGCUGGCUUUGUGUUUGUGGCUCCGAUUUCAAGCAUAAGAGAUCACUCAAAGACCACAUCAAGGCAUUUGGUUCAGGCCACGGUCCUUUACCUCCAUCAUUUGAUGGGGUUGAGGUACCUGAGGAUACUGCUUCUUCCCUCCAUGUCUGAAA